CAAAAAAUUAAUUAUGCAAAAGGUAUAUAAACAUCAUACUUAUCAAUUCAGAACGAUUACGGUUUCGCUGGCGAUGAAAAAGUAAAGAAGAUCGAUAAUGAGCACUAUGAUGAGGCAAUUGAAUUGAAAGAUGAUGAUGAAGAAGAAAUACUUAGUGGUGAAGAAGACGAAGAAUAAUGUAAUGAUUAUACAUACUAAUCCACUAGAUUAAGCUGGAGCUAGAGGACCCCAAUAAGCUGCAUAAAGUGCUGGAUUUCAAGAUGGAAAAGUUCCUUUGCCUGCAGGAGCUUACAAUCCAAAUGAUUAUUCAAAUUUAUAAGUAGGUGCAGAAGUCAAAUAAUUGUUUGAGUACAUCGCUAGGUAUUUCUCUAACAAUAAUUUCAGAUACAAAGCUCCAUAAAUGGUUUUGGAUGCAAAAUUAAAGCCAUUCAUACCAGAUUAUGUACCUGCCAUCGGUGAAGUAGAUGCAUUCAUCAAGAUGCCCAGACCUGAUGGACAACCUGAGACACUCGGUUUAGUUACAUUAGUAAUCUAUUUAAAUAAAUUAUAGGACGAACCUGCUCUCAAUCAGUCCAAAAAGGCAAAAUUGGAUUUGUUGAUGAGAGAAUAUGUCAAGGUGGCAAAUAGAGGCAAAAAUACAACCAUUCAUGCUAUUGAAAAUGCAGAUAAAAAUCCAAAGGAAAUUACUGCAUGGAUUAAUGAUGUGGCAGAAAUACAUAAAAAAAAGUAACCUCCUUCAGUUUCUUAUUCAAAAAUUAUGCCUGAUAUUGAAGAAUUAAUGUAGGUGUGGCCACAAGAGAUCGAAGAUCUAUUUUAAAGCACACAAUUACCAGGUGACAAUAUUGACAUGGGUUUAUAAGAAUAUUGCUAAUUCUCAUGCAAUUUAUUAGACAUUCCUGUUCAUCCAAUUAAUAACAAUAGAAAUAUCAUAGAGUCAUUACAUGUCUUAUUCACAUUGUUUUCAGAAUUCAAAACCAAUUAACAUUUCAGACAAAACAAUGAUGAAAUUUAAUGA